AACUCCUUCCAGCCAAUCACAAUCCACUAUUCACACCUGAACUCCUUUCAGCCAAUCACAGUCCAGUAUACUAAAACAAUCUGCUGUUAGUAAGUGAUGAAUGUGAGACUCAGUCAUGGAUCUGAAUUCUGUGUUGAACACUUGGUUCUGUAGCUUCCUGUUUGUAGGAUGAGGAACAGGGUAACUGAGAGAGAAGUCAGUUUAUAUUUCAUGCUUAUUUACUAAUUUUUAUUAAUGUUUUGAUAAAGAACUUUUCAUUUGGCUCUGCUUAACCAGAGUUGUUUGAAUAGAGACUUUUAUUAUGAAAAGCUCAGAGUGACUCAGGAAGAAAGAUGUCAGGAUCUGUGCAGACUAUAGUUAUGCUGUUUAAAUUGAAUUUAACUUUUAAAAGGGUUACAGAGACAAUGUUUAUUUGUUUUAUUUAUGUCUUCAUACAGUCUUUAUUUUUUUUUUGUGUAAUUAGUUGGAAGCAGUCGAUAAACAGCCCGUCAUCAGAGAAUCCUUGUGCUCUGUAAAUUACUGGGGGGAGCUACAAACAGGGUGUCACAUCUCUGCUGAUGAAGCAGAUCUCGUGUAUAAAGUCUCUGACUCUGGGACUCUGCUGCAUUCGGUCAUUCAGCAAACAUCACGUUCCACGAUUGAAUCCAUCAUGAAGCUCCUCGCUGUUCUCCUCGUUCCUCUCCUGCUCUCAGUCUGUCUGGGUAAAGUGGGAGAUUUUAUUCGGGACUGUCCAGGUUUCUUCCUAAAGCUAAAUGGAGUCAUUUCUCCUCCCACAAGGUUUGUGGGCAAUCAAUAUAAACAGAUCUGUCAAACCCUGAAUGAUAAAGUUGAAUUCGCAUCUUUUUACGACACGAACAACAGGAUCCCCGUUUACUCGGCUUACAAGUUUAUCGGAAAAGUGAAUUGUACACGAAGGUCUGGAAAGUGGUUUAUCGAACCUCAGCUGGAUGAUCAAACUCAGGGUGUAAACAUGAAGAGUGAGUCUGGUGGUACGUACGGAGAUCAUCAGGCUCUGAAUAAAGAUUAUGAAAAGCAAACACCCCGGGGUGAAUACCAUAAAGGACACCUGGUUCCUGUGUAUCACUCCAGUACCCAAAGCUGUGCUAAUGCCACCUUCACGCUCACCAACGCUGCUCCUCAGGAGGCUUCGUUCAACAUCAGAUGGUUUCAUCAUGCAGAGAGCAAAAUGGAGGAGAAGAUGAGUACAGACUGCAUUAAUAAGGGCUGGAAUGCGUAUGUGGUGACCGGAGUGGUCCCAGGAAACACCAAGCUGAAAAAUAGAGUUCUGAUCCCCAGUCACUACUGGACCGCAUGCUGCUGCCUGGAUAACAACGACGUACCCAAACUCUCACUUGGGUAUUAUGCAGAAAAUAUAAAUAAAAGUGUAAUAAAUGAAGUGACCCUGCAGGCUUUGGAAAAUGAAUUAAAUAUAAAGUACGGGCAAAAUUUCGCUGUGUUCCCUGGAGGAUGUAAAAUGAAUAUAAGAAAGUUUUGAUCUAUUUUACAGCCUGUGUGUUUCAGGAGUCCUGCAUCUCCUCUUUCUGCAUCUCCUCUCUCUGCAUCUCCUCUCUCUCUCUCCAUCUCCUCUCUCUGCAUCUCCUCUCUCUGCAUCUCCUCUCUCUCUCUCCA